AUGUCCAAUCACACCACCGUGACUGAGUUCCUUCUCUUGGGAUUCUCUGAGGUUCGAGAGCUGCAGAUUUUACACUUUGUGGUGUUUCUAGGGAUUUACUUGAUGGCCCUGACAGGAAAUCUCCUUGUUAUCACAGUAGUAUCCCUUGACCACCACCUUCACACCCCCUUGUACUUCUUCCUGAUGAAUUUGUCCAUCCUAGACAUCGGAUCCAUCUCUGUCACUGUCCCCAAGUCCAUGGCCAAUUCCUUAUUGAACACCAGAUCUAUUUCUUAUUCUGGAUGUGUCACCCAAGUCUUUCUCUUCUUCUUCUUCACUUCGGCAGACUUUGCCCUACUCACUGUCAUGGCAUACGACCGAUAUGUGGCCAUCUGCAAACCACUGCACUAUGAGACUGUAAUGAACAGGGGAGCUUGUGUCCAAAUGGCAGCCAGUGCCUGGAUCAGUGGUCUUCUCAAUUCUGCUUUGCACACUGGGAACACAUUUGCAAUAUCAUUCUGUAAAGGUAACAUUGUGGAUCAAUUUUUCUGUGAAAUCCCCCAGCUCCUCAAAAUUGCCUGCUCUGACUCAUAUCUCAGUGAAGUUGGGGUUAUUACCUUUAAUGCACUUUUAGGGUUAAGCCUUUUUGUUUUAAUAGUAGUGUCUUAUGCUCAGAUUUUCACCACAGUGCUGAGAAUCCCUUCUGAGCAGGGCCGGCAUAAAGCCUUCUCCACAUGCUUUCCUCACCUCAUUGUGGUCUCCUUGUUACUUUGCACUGGCACCUUUGCCUACCUGAAACCCACCUCCAGUUCUCCAUCAGGUCUGGAUCUUGUGGUGGGUGUUCUCUACACUGUGGUGCCUUCCAUGAUGAACCCGAUCAUCUACAGCAUGAGGAAUAAUGAGAUCAAAGCUUCCCUGAAGAAACUGACUGAGGGGAGGUUAUUCAUCAAAAAUAAAAUGUCCAUCUGUCUCUCAUGA